GGCAGAGGAGGAGGAGGAGGAGGAGGAGGAGGAGGGCGUCCAGGGCGCAGAGGAUCCGGAGCCCCUUCCUGCCUGCCUGCCUUCCUUGCGAGAAGCCUGACUCUCCUCGGCCCCCUCAUGGACUCCCCCAGGAGCCUAUAUAAAGCCCAGCCAUGGAGUAGUAGUAGUAGUAGCAGCAGCAGCAGCAGCAGCAGCAGCAGCUGGAGGAGACCCUUUUGAAGCCCCAGCCAAGAAAGAAGAGAGAGAAAGAAAGAAGGGACCAAGCAGCGCAUCUCCUUUGGAGCCAAGGAAAGGCAGAAGGAAACUCCACAUCUUUUUGGAAGCAGCAGAAGCAGCAGUGCCAGGGCCCAGGUGAGGGUCACCCUGCUCUCCUGCCCUUCACCCGGCCAAGGGCCAUGUCCAGCCGGCUCCUGUGGGCUCCCUUGGUGGCGCUGAUGGUGAUGCUUUUGGUGGCCGGGGGACAUUGCAAGGAGAGGCACCCAGCCCUGAAGGACCGCCAGAACCUCCUCGACCUCAUCAUGGAGAUCAUCCAAGAACUGAAGAAAUACCACCCAGAGGAGGAUGAGGAGAAUGGAGUCCAGGACAAGCAAGAAGACCUCCUGGGACGGAGGGAAGUCCCUGACUAUGGAGCCAACUCAGAGGAACAGAGGGUCGAAAUAGUUCCAAGAGAUCUGAGAAUGAAAGACAAGUUUUUAAACCAUUUAACAGGACAUCUUUAUUUUGGUCCAAAAUGCACUAAACACUUUCACAGACUUUACCACCAUACAAGAGACUGUACUAUACCUGCAUAUGCCACUAUCAUCAAAGGAAUAGCGCCAAGAGAAGUGCCUUGGAAACCAACAGGGAAAUUUAAAAAACAUCUUUGUAACAUAUUCCAUUGUGAAGAGAUUUAUUUUUGCAAGUUGAUGGACUACUUCCCAUAAAUCUUUAAACAUGUGUUUUGUAUACUGUCACUACUGUUUACAGAUACACAUUCUUUAUGGUGGAAACAUUAUCAAAACAAUUUAAAAUGUUUCAUACUCCUUACAAGAGAAGUGUUGCAUUGCCAAAAAAACAGUGAGUAUCAGCCUUCUGAGUAUGAAUAUAUUUCAUUCAGAGACACCAUGGGACACUGUCAAGAAAACUUUCCAGUGAAGGAGGUUAUCUUUUUUGCUUAUGCAGGUGAAACUGUUUCAUUCCAGCCUUUUCCUAAAUGUUGGACUCACUGAAUGAAAACUGUAUGCCAUGUGCAAGAGAAACAUGUUUAAGUAAACCUUGGAUUCUGCAUUCACUCUAAAAUGCCAUCUGUUUUCUGUACAAUAGAGGUAUAAACAUUCCAGUUAAAUGUG